UUUGGCUCCAGGGGCUCCCGCGCGGGAGACCUGCGGGGCGGGGCGCCAGCGCUGCUUCGGUGCCGCGCGCGCCCGCGCGGAGAGAGCCAUGGCCCCCGAGCCAAGCGGUGAUGGGUCAGGUGCUGCGGGGGGGGGCAGCAGGGUCUGCUUCAGCGGUGUCGAGAUCUUGGCGCCCAUGGUGCGGGCAUCCACGCUGGCACUCCGGCUGGAGUGCCUCAGGUAUGGCGCCGAUCUCGUGUUCGGGGAGGAGAUCAUCGACAAGAAGUUGAUUGGCGCUGCGCGAGUGGAGAACUCCGCGUUCGGCACAGUAGAUUUCGUUUCUCCUCGAGAGAAGGUCCUCAUCUUCGCCACAAGCAAGGAAGAACGCUCGCGCGUCUUCUUCCAGAUGGGCACCGCCGAUGCAGCAUUGGCGACGCAGGCAGCCAUGCUGGUGGCGCGCGACGUGAGGGGCAUCGACGUGAACAUGGGCUGCCCCAAGUCCUUCAGCGUCAAGGGCGGCAUGGGCGCGGCCCUGCUUAGCACGCCCGAGGUGGCCUCGGACAUCCUCAGAGCCUUGCGUCGCAACCUGCCGGAGAGCUGCGCCCUCACCUGCAAGAUCCGGAUGCUGGAGACGACGGCGAAAACCCGAGACUUCAUGCAGCUGUGCGAGAAGAGCGGUGCCGAGGCCGUGACAGUCCACUGCCGCACGCGCGACGAGCGCCCCGCCGAGCCCGCGCAUUGGGAUGAGAUCAUGCGCCUCUGGGAUGCAGUGAAGGUGCCCGUGAUCUGCAAUGGCGAUUUUUUCACGCGGCGGCAGAUCGACGAGUUCUGGAAGUUUUGCCACGGCGCUGGUGCUGCUGACGGAGCGGCUGCCGGAGAGAAGGCCGGGCCCUCCGGUAUCAUGAUAGCGAGGGGGGCAUUGUGGAACCCCUCCAUUUUCUGCAGGGACGCCUCGGUGGUGCCGUCGUUCGAGGAUAUGGUGCGGAACUACGUUCGGGCUGCUGUGCGCGCCAACAGCACGUAUCAGAAUUGCAAAUGGGUGCUCUCACAGAUGUUAGCAGGAGGUGUUGGCGUCACAGCGCCGAACGAGUUCGUCGGUGUUCCCACCAAGGCUUUCAACAGACAGCUGAGCACCAUGAAGAGCAUGGGUGCGAUCUGUGAAAAGCUCGGGAUACCACAUGAUGCCGCAUCGUUCCCACAGCAGGCGCACAUGACCACCUACUACCGUGGCUGGGAGCCCCUGGACGCUCAGGCCGCUGCCGCAGCUGCGGGCGGCACCCUCCCGCAGAAGCGACCUGGUGACCAGCACAGAGAGGAGAUCGAGGAUGUCGCCCCGGAGCUGAGAGGCGAGGCGGACGAUGACGCUGCUAGGAAGCGCGCGCGCACAGAAGCUUGAGGCCCUGGCGCACGCCACCAGCGAGAAAGCAAAGGAACCUGCACCGUGUAAGCCAGGGCUUUGCCAGACCCAGCUGGGGGAACUUGACAACGGAGGAUGUUUGGACCCACGGCUGCCAUGUUCUCGGUUGGGCCACAGUCUUGGCUCACCGAAGUCCCUGCUCACGCCUGCCUGCCCUCUUAGAGGACCGCUCCUCGGGGCUGGGGCGCGGGCCGCACCGUACCGCAGCACCACACCCGCUCACGGGGCCCCGACACAGAGAGAGCUACUGCCUGACAUCCAAGGGGACGCGACAUCCCGAUGCUUCUUCCGAGGCUCGCGAUGGGCCUCCGUCGCGCGGCCGGCCGCUCUCAGCCGAAGAGGGGCCGCCCACCCUCAGCCACGGGUGCCUGCCAGCACUCCGGCCACGUACCACUCCCGACUCGCACGCGUAUAAUCUCUGCAAGCAGCGCGAGAUCGUCUGCUCAGCCAGGCGCCUGGGCAUCUGGAAUCGUCUUUUUCCGCUACGUUGGUCGCACAGCUCUUGACCCUAUUCCCCGGGCCAGAUUUUCGUCGCCAGCAGUUCGGUCGAUGGUCCCGUGGCCGGGAUGCGACUCCAGGACGCCGAAGUCGAGACCAAUUCCCGCAGUGUUGUUUUCGUGGCAAUUGGAGGUUCGUUGGCCGCGCGCACACAUUGGGUGGCAUCAGCCAGUGUGGCUUUUCCUUUUAA